CAGGCGGCCAGGGAUGCUGGAGCGCGGGGCUACCCCUCGCCGAGCCGCGGGGCUCCUGAUACUGCUCCUCCCCUACUUCGGGCUGGCACAGCCCUUGGACCGCACAGGUAGUGAUACAUUCACCAUCGUCAAUGAAAACACAGGCAAGUGCAUCAAGCCACUGUAUAACUGGAUAGUAGCAAUGGAUUGUGAUGAGACUAGGGGUAUGUUGUGGAAGUGGGUGUCCCAGCAUCGGCUCUUCCACUUACAAUCCCAGAAGUGUCUCGGUCUGGAUGUUCUCCAGCCUGUGGAUGAGCUGAAAAUGUUCAGCUGUGACUCUAAGGCCAUGCUGUGGUGGAAGUGUGACCACCACUCUCUGUAUAGCGCUUCCCGGUACAGGUUGGCUCUGAAGGGUGGAUUCGCCAUAGCCAGCACGAAUACGUCUGAUGUCUGGAAGAAAGGAGGCUCUGAGGAAAGCCUUUGUGACCAGCCUUACCAUGAGAUAUAUACCAGAGAUGGGAACUCCUAUGGGAGACCUUGUGAAUUUCCAUUUUUAGCCAAUGGGAAAUGGCAUCACGACUGUAUUGUUGAUGAAGAUCAUAGUGGGCCAUGGUGUGCUACUACCUUAAAUUUUGAAGAUGACCAAAAGUGGGGCAUCUGCUUAAAACCAGAAAAUGGCUGUGAAGGUAACUGGGAAAAGAAUGAGCAGACUGGAAGUUGCUACCAAUUUAAUACGCAGGCAAUUCUCUCUUGGAAAGAAGCCUAUGUUUCCUGUCACAGUCAGGGGGCUGACUUACUGAGCAUCCACAGUGCUGCUGAAUUAAAUUAUCUUGAAGGAAAAGAAGAUGUUCCUAAAAAUUUCUGGAUUGGACUAAAUCAGCUGUACUCUGCCAGAGGCUGGGAAUGGUCAGAUCACAAGCCAUCAAACUUUUUCAACUGGGACCCUGAUACGCCAAGUGCACCUGACAUGGGUGGAUCAAGCUGCGCAAGAAUGGAUGCCGAGUCUGGGCUGUGGCAGAUGACUUUCUGCGAAGCUAAACUACCCUACAUCUGCAAGAAACCACUGAAUGAUACAGUGGCAUUAACAGAUGUGUGGACAUAUUCAGAUACCCGCUGUGAUGCAGGCUGGCUGCCAAAUAAUGGAUUUUGUUAUCUACUAGUAAAUGAAAGUGCUUCCUGGGAUGAGGCACAAAUAAAAUGCAGAGCUUUCAGUGGUGACCUCAUCAGCAUUCAUUCGUUAGCAGAUGUGGAGGUGGUUGUCACAAAACUCCAUAAUGGAGAUGCCCGAGAAGAAAUAUGGACAGGCCUUAAGAGCGUGAAUAUACCAACUCUGUUUCAAUGGUCAGAUGGUACUGAAGUUACUCUGACAUACUGGGAUGAAAAUGAGCCACAAGUUCCCUACAAUAAGACACCCAACUGUGUUUCUUAUUUAGGAGAGCUAGGUCAAUGGAAAACCCAGUCAUGUGAAGAGAAACUUAAAUAUGUAUGUAAGAAAAAAGGAGAAAAAAUGAACGAUACAGAGUCCGAUAAGAUAUGUCCUCCAGAUGAGGGCUGGAAGAGACAUGGAGAAACCUGCUACAAGAUUUACAAGGAUGCAGUCCCUUUUGGAAUGAACUGCAAUCUGACUAUCACUAGCAGAUUUGAACAAGAAUUCCUGAAUGAUAUGAUGAAAAAGUAUGAUAAAUCUCUCCAGAAAUAUUUCUGGACUGGCCUGAGAGAUGUAGAUUCCCGUGGAGAAUAUAGUUGGGCAACAGCUGGUGGAAUAAAGCAAGCUGUAACUUUCUCCAACUGGAAUUUUCUUCAGCCAGCGUCUUCAGGUGGGUGUGUGGCUAUGUCUACUGGACGGGCUCUCGGCAGGUGGGAAGUAAAGGACUGUAGAACAUUCAGAGCACUUUCAAUCUGCAAGAAAAUGAGCAGAGGCCUGGAACCUGAAGAAGCAGCCCCCAAGCCUGACGGCCCCUGUCCUGAAGGCUGGCAUACUUUCCCCUCCAGUCUUUCUUGUUAUAAGGUAUUUCAUAUAGAAAGAGUUAUGAGGAAGAGGAACUGGGAAGAAGCUGAAAGAUUCUGCCAAGCACUUGGAGCACACCUUCCUAGCUUCAGUCAUAUGAAUGAAAUAAAGGAAUUUAUUCACUUAUUAAAGGAACAGUUCAGUGCCAAGGCAAAAUUAGUGACAGUAUUUUCUGGCAGUACUCCAAAAACACCAGACUGGUACAAUCCAGAGCGUGCUGGUAUUCAUGGACCUCCAGUUAUAAUCGAAGGAAGUGAAUAUUGGUUUGUUGCUGAUCCUCACUUAAAUUAUGAAGAAGCAGUCCUGUACUGUGCUAGCAAUCACAGCUUUCUUGCUACUGUGACGUCUUUUACAGGACUAAAGGCCAUCAAGAACAAAAUAGCAAAUAUAUCUGAUGUGGAACAGAAGUGGUGGCUGAGAACUAGUGAUAAGCCAAUAGAUCGUCAUUUUAUGUACUCACGACAUCCAUGGCAUCACUUUCCUACGACAUUUGGGGAAAAAUGCUUGCACAUGUCUGCCAAGACUUGGCUUAUUGACUUAAACAAACCAACAGACUGCAGAACCAAGUUGCCCUUCAUCUGUGAAAAAUACAAUGUUUCUUCCUUAGAGAAAUAUAGUCCAAGUUCUUCAGCUAAAGUACAGUGUUCUGAGCCUUGGAUUUCUUUUCAGAAUAAGUGCUUUCUGAAGAUCACAUCUAAAUCUCUUACAUUUUCUCAAGCAAAUGAGCUCUGUAACUCCUAUGGUGGGACUCUUCCUUCAGUAUUGAGCCAGAGUGAACAAGAUUUUAUUACAUCCUUGCUCCCAAGUAUGGAAGCUGAUUUAUGGAUUGGCCUGCGAUGGACUGCCUAUGAAAAGAUAGGCAAAUGGACGGAUAAUAGAGAGCUGACAUACAGGAACUUUCACCCAUUGCUGCUCGGUUGGAGGCUGAGAAUGCCAGAAAAUUUUUUUGAUGAAGAGUCCCACUACCACUGUGCACUGAUACUCAACCUCCCAAAGUCACCUUUUACUGGGACAUGGAAUUUUACUUCUUGCACUGAACGGCAUUCUGUAUCUCUCUGUCAAAAAUAUUCAGAAGUUAAAGACAGACAGCCCUUGCAGAAUACUUCAGAGACUAUAAAAUAUUUAAAUAACCUGUACAAAAUUAUCCCAAAGACGCUGACAUGGUACAAUGCGCAAAAAGAGUGUAGCAAGGAGAACAUGCGCCUGGUGACCAUCACCGACCCCUACCAACAGGCGUUCCUCUCCGUGCAGGUCGUGCUCUGGAACUCUUCCUUCUGGAUUGGACUAUCCAGUCAAGACGAUGAGCGCAACUUUGGUUGGUCAGAUGGGAAACAUCUUCAUUUCAGUCGCUGGGCUGAAAAUAGCCAACAAGUUGAAGACUGUGUAAUAUUAGACACUGAUGGAUUCUGGAAAACAGCUGAUUGCAAUGAAAAUCAACCCGGUGCUAUUUGCUAUUAUCCAGGAAAUGAGACUGAGGCUAAGCGAGUUGACAGAGUUAAAUGUCCAUCUCCUGUUCUAAAUACCCCAUGGGUACCAUUUCAGAACUCCUGCUACAAUUUCAUGUUAACCAAGAGUACACAUAGAACAAUGACACAAGAUGAAGUUCAUUCCAAAUGCCAAAAAAUGAAUUCAAGAUCACAUAUUCUGAGUAUUCGAGAUGAAAAAGAGAAUGAGUUUGUUCUUGACCAACUUCUGGACUUCAGCUAUAUGGCUUCAUGGGUAAUGUUAGGGAUAACCUAUGAAAAUAACUCCUUGAUGUGGUUUGAUAAAAGCAUGCUGUCAUAUACACACUGGCGAGCAGGAAGACCAACUGUAACAAAUGGCAAGUUUUUAGCCGGUUUGAGUACUGAUGGCUUCUGGGAUAUUCAAACCUUUAAUGUUAUUGAGGACGUACUUUCUUUUUACCAGCACAGCAUUCUUGCUUGUAAAAUUGAAAUGGUUGACUACAAGGAAGAAUAUAAUACUACACUGCCACAGUUUAUUCCCUAUGAAGAUGGUGUUUAUAAUGUUAUUCAGAAAAGGGUAACAUGGUAUGAAGCAGUAAACACAUGUUCACAACGAGGAGGUCAUUUGGCAAGUGUUCAUAACCAGAGUGGCCAGCUCUUUCUAGAAGAUAUUGUAAAGCGUGAUGGAUAUCCCCUCUGGAUUGGACUGUCAAGUCAUGAUGGCAGUGAAUCAAGUUUUGAAUGGUCUGAUGGCAGUACACUUGACUACAUGCCAUGGAAAAGCCAGAACUCUCCUGGAAAUUGUGUGGUAUUGGACCCAAAAGGAGUUUGGAAACAUGAAAACUGCAAUUCUGUUAAGGAUGGAGCUAUCUGUUAUAAAUCUACAAAAUCAAAAGAGCUGUCCCUGCAUGCAUAUUCAUCCAGAUGUCCAGCAGCAAAAGAAAACAGGUCGCGGUGGAUCCAGUAUGGGGAUCACUGUUACACGACCGACCAGGCGUUGCACAGCUUCUCAGAGGCCAAACAACUGUGUAAAGAACUUGAUCAUUCUGCAACUAUUGUCAGUAUAAAGGACGAAAAUGAGAAUAAAUUUGUGAGCAGAUUGAUGCGGGAAAAUAAUAAUAUUACCAUGAGAGUUUGGCUGGGGUUGUUUCAACAUUCUGUUGAUCAGUCUUGGAGUUGGUUUGAUGGAUCAGGAGUGACGUUUGUGAAGUGGGAAAGUAAAAGUAAGAGUGGUGAUGGAAAAUGUAGCAUUUUGUUAGCUUCAAAUGAAACUUGGAAAAAAGUUGAAUGUUCACUUGGUUAUGGAAGAGUUGUCUGCAAAGUUCCCCUGGGCCCUGACUACAAAGGCAUAGCCAUCACGUUUGCCGUGCUCAGCAGCAUAGCUCUUGUCAGUGGACUGAUUUGGCUCCUCUUCCGAAGAAAACGAUUCCAAAGGGCAGGCUCCUCAUCAGUUCGGUAUGAACAAGGAAUGGAUGAAGAUGAGAUCGUGUUUCCUUUUUUCCGUGACUAAAUUCUCCUAAAAGUUUGCUUAUUUGCACUAAUGUACUAGGGAAAAUGAGACACUUAAAAUUUUCCCAAUGUCAGUAUUUACUGUGUCUCAAAGUGGGAGUCUAAAUACUUCUUCAGUUGGCUUCUUCCUGUGCUGAUCUACACAAUUGUUUACUACAUGCCAUGUUUAUAACUCUAUUUACUAUAGGGGAAUGGACUAGAAGCUAGAAUUGAAGUCUAAAUUGUUUAUAGGUAAUAUGUUCAAUUAAUGUGACUUGCUCUAUAAAAAUGUGGUGGUAAGUAGGAUGUGUAUAUGUUUUAAUGUUUUUAACACAACUUGGAAAAUUUAAACUGUCAUACUACUAGAAUACACAUUUAUCUUUUUAAGAGCAUUUGGCCAAAUGUAAAAUUAGUAUCUCUAGGUAGAAAGCCUAACUGUAAGUAAUAGCAACAUUACUUCACAAUAGUCAUUUGUAGUAUUUGGGAAAGAUUAUUAAAACAAUGUAAUUUGUUUACCUUUUACACAGCAAAAUGAUGCCUCUUGGCCAGAUGCUUCUUAUACUACUACUCCAAAGAUAUUUUAUAUCAAUGCUAUUUAAAUGUAUAUGCUUUUAUUCAGAAAUAGCUUUAAGAUUUAGUACUAAAGACUUUCUAAAAUGUGAGAACAUUAUUGUUAGAUUGAUUGGAUACCCUGUAGAAAUGUAUUUUGUGCUUCUUGAUUUAAAACACAUGACUAUUUAAAGGGAAUCAACGAGGGAUGCAACUAUUUGAAAGUUUUAUACUUUAUAUCUUUCAAAUAGCACGUCAACUUUUUUUUUUUUGCAUUGGUGAUUAAACCCUGGGCCUCACUCAUGCUAAGUACACACUCUACUACUGAGCUACCACCUGAG